AUGGCAACGAUUGUUGAUCAAUCUCAAUUGUCAAUGACAUUUGAAGAAAAAAUACAUGCAACUAUUCUAUCUCAGCAAAAACGAACACUCAAUUUACCAGCUGUACAACGAAAACGGAAAAAAAUUUCCAUAGUACCUGUCGGCUUGUCGAGUACAAUAAAUGAUCAAAAUAUUGAAAAUAUCAUCAAAAAUCUUGACAAUUAUCUAUUUGAUGGUGUGAUGCUACUUGUCUGGUGUAAACGAACUACAUUUUAUAAUAGUGAAUUCAAGAAUGAUGAUCAGAGCAAUAAAACAUCGCCAUUCUUUCGACAAUGGAUAUUAUUGUAUUUGAAAAAGCCUGAUCAAGUACUUUCAACACAUUUAAAUACAAUUCCAAAAUAUGGUGGUUGGGGAGAUCUAAAGGCACUGUAUUCAUGUGCAGAUCACAUGAAAAAUCGAUUUCCAAUCGAAUUAAAAUUGCUUGAGAAUCUUCAGGUAGCAUGUGUCAAAAUGAUUGGUGAUCAGUUGAAACAUGAUUAUCAAAUUAUAUCUGAUAACCAGUCAGAUGAAAAUUCGAAUGCAGAAGAAGUGUCAACCACAAUUAAAAUUCUAGAAUCGAUCAGCAAUUUUAUGGCCAAAGAAAUUGCUCUUUAUCUACAAUCAUUAUCGAACACUACUGUUAAUAAUGAUGAACAAUCAACUGAUUGGAAAGGUUAUGCAUACGAAAAUUAUAGAUCUCUUAUUUCAACAAUUUGUCAAAUGUUAGAAAAGAAAACAUCUAUCGAAAAGCAAACGAAAUUGAUGGAUCGACCAUUAUUCUGUACUAGAAAAAAGCGAGAAGAAUUGUUAGCUGCUCGACCCUCGUCACGUAUUACAAAUCCCGAACCACAACCCGGUGUUCCAUGUACUUUGAAAGAUCUUGAACCAUUAUUAGAACAUUUGUCAUCAAAUAAACCUGGACCUUCAGAUGAUAAUCAACCUAUUGUUUUUCCACGUGGAACGAUCAUGUCAGGUGGACGAUUAGAUUUAUGUAAACAAGUUGUAGGUCCACAAGGUGUUCAACCUUUACUCGACGCUAUGAAGCAUAGCACAUUUGUUACUAGAUUAUUACUUGGAAAUAAUAUUGUAGGACUACCAGGUGCUCAGGCCAUCUCUGAAUACAUUCGUUCUAAUUCUCAUUCAAAUAUAGAUACAUGGUACAUCGCCUGUAACAAAUUUGAUAGCGAAUGUAUAUCAAUGAUAUGUGAUGCAUUAGCUACCGAUACUAAAGUCAAAGCACUUUGGUUAAAACGAAACCCGAUUCUAGCUGACGGAACAGUUCAUCUUGGUCGAAUGUUAACAACUAACAAUUAUUUACAAAUAUUAGAUUUAUAUAAUACCGGUUUAUUUGAUCGAGGUUGUGAAAUAUUAUUUAAUGCAUUGAAAAAUAAUUCUAGCUUAAAACAUUUAUAUAUGGAUAGUAACGGUCUUACCGCUAAGAGUGGACAAAUAUUACGUUUACAUUUUGAACAAAAAUACAAUCAUUUAGAAACAUUGUUUCUAUCGUGCAAUUCCUUAGGUGAUGCAGGUACACAAGAAUUAGCAAUAGGAUUAAAACAUGAUCAAUGUUUGAAAAGUCUUAGCUUAUCAUCAAAUUGUCUUGGUUUUGAUGGUAUAAAAGUUUUGGUUGAUAAUCUUAUUAGUAAUACGACAUUGCAACAAUUAGACCUUGGCUAUAUGAAAUCAACUACUUUGUAUGAGGGUUUGAAUAAUAUUAUUAAAGAUGAUAGUGCUGCAGAAAUUAGUAGACUACUACAAUUCAAUCAUUAUAUUCGUUCGAUUGAUUUGACAAUGAACAGUAUUUCGGAACAAGGAUUGCUACAAUUAAGAGAUGCUCUAAAAGGAAAUCAAACAAUAACAACGUUAAAAGGAUUAACAUUCAAACGAGUACGCAAUAAAAUACUCAAACAAGAUAUAAAAACUAUGAUUGAACGUAAUCAAAUUGAAUGGGGUAAACAAGUGCUCAAUGCUAACGCUGAUAAUACAACAAACGUAUGUGAUUCUGACUAUUUAAAACAAGGACAACAACUCAAUAAUAAUAUUAAUUUUCCUGAACAUAUAAUAGAAAUAAUUAGUCAUUACAGAGUACAAUAA